AUGUCUGAAUUGGGCUGGUAUACUAAAUUGGAAAACAAAGAGCUUAGAACGGAGUUUGAAUUGACAGACUUUCCUUUGCCUGGCAUAACUGAUAAUGACUCCGAUGACGGAAGCCAAGGGAAGGGCUCCUUAAAUGCCAUCUAUCCCAUCGCUUCCGACACGGACGAUACUCUGGUCAAUAGAGUACUUCGAGAAAAUGAUAAAAAAUCUAGUAUGAGGAUGGCUUUUAUGAAUUUAGCGAACUCUAUUCUUGGCGCCGGAAUAAUUACUCAGCCGUUUGCAAUUAAAAAUGCUGGUAUACUAGGCGGGCUGAUAUCAUACAUUGCACUAGGAUUUAUAGUUGAUUGGACAUUGAGGCUUAUCGUCAUUAAUUUAACUCUUGCUGGCAAGAGAACAUAUCAAGGUACGGUCGAACAUGUAAUGGGUAAAAAAGGGAAAUUAUUGAUUCUUUUUACGAACGGGUUGUUUGCAUUUGGUGGAUGCAUUGGAUAUUGCAUUAUUAUCGGGGAUACCAUACCCCAUGUUCUCAGAGCUAUAUUCAGUCAAAACGAUGGAGACGUACAUUUCUGGCUCAGAAGGAACGUUAUAAUAGUAAUGGUUACUAUUUUCAUUUCCUUUCCCUUAUCACUGAAGAGGAAUAUAGAGGCGUUAUCAAAGGCGUCUUUUUUAGCCGUCAUUAGUAUGAUCAUAAUUGUGCUUACAGUAGUCAUUAGAGGACCUAUGCUACCAUAUGAUUGGAAAGGUCAUUCUCUCAAAUUGCCUGAUUUUUUCGUAAAAACUACUAUAUUCAGGAGUCUCUCUGUCAUUUCCUUUGCGUUGGUUUGUCACCAUAAUACUAGUUUUAUUUUCUUUUCCAUGAGGAAUAGAAGUGUGGCCAAAUUCACCAGGUUAACACAUAUAAGUAUCAUUAUCUCGGUAAUAUGCUGUGGACUAAUGGGAUAUUCAGGAUUUGCGGCUUUCAAAGAAAAAACAAAGGGCAACGUCUUAAAUAGUUUUCCAGGAACAGACGUGGCUAUCAACAUAGCUAGGCUUUGUUUCGGAUUUAAUAUGCUAACUACGUUCCCUAUGGAAAUUUUUGUUUUAAGAGAUGUUGUCGGUAAUUUGUUACAUGAAUGUAGGCUUAUUAAGAAUUAUGAUGAGCAUACUCAAUUAACAGGUAAGCAGCACGUCGUCAUAACUUCGUUACUUGUCUUCAUUACCAUGAGCAUAUCAUUAACUACCUGUAACUUAGGCGCAUUAUUUGAACUGAUUGGAGCUACUACUGCAUCCACCAUGGCUUACAUUUUACCGCCAUACACAAAUUUAUUGUUGACUAGCAAGAAGAAGAGUUGGAAGGAAAAGCUUCCUUUCUAUCUUUGUAUAUGCUUUGGUUUUAUGAUUAUGAUUAUCAGCAGUACUCAGACUAUUUUGGAUGCAGUUAACGGUUCUGAUGAGCAGCACUGCCAAAUAUAG